AUGGAGGUUGCGGGAUGGCGUGACCUCGAUUGGGGCCAGCAAGAUGUAUCGCUAUCAUCCCUGCCGGCUCUGGCCAGAGGAUCCAGAACGAUCUCGGAAUGUGUGAGGAUGGUGCCCCGACCAAAGCGGCUGUACGAAGCGGGACCAGGGCUUUUAUUCCUGUACGAGGGGAGGCAAAGGUCCUUCAAUGGAGUGCUGGUGUGCCUGAACUCCAACACGGGCGGGGGCGCAUCUCCCCCAGAGCUGAAGGUUUUGGAGUUGAGGGCACUCGAGAUCGGGGUGGGCGAAGCGACCAUGGGCUUUUUCGAGGGGUCACACGAAGCCUGGGACCAGUUUCUGGUGGAGGGCGGCGGUUCACUUGUCGGCAGACUUCCUGAUCUCGGCUGCCGUGGCGUUGCAGGCACCGAUCUGAUGUUGAUAUCGAAGCCAUGCUCCGGGAUUCGGCACUCGGUCCUAGAGGGGCGCGGGGACGUGCAGAUGUCUGUAUCGUUCUUACCAAGGCUUAAGACUAUUGGAACCUUACAAACAGCGCCCGCCUGGGUACUAGGGAUAUCGCCGGAGGCCGGAGCCCCCGACACGGUGGCACCGUGGGGCGGCGACGAUAGCGUUCCAAUGGAUGAACCAGCGGCUAAUGCUCGAUGGGUCCGACGGAGGAACUCACUAGCCAGUCAGGAAGUUGGUAUGACUGACGUGUACAAGGGAGAUGUAUCGUACGUACCCUUGGCGUGGCUCCGUUGCUCGCCUAUCGCAAGUGACUGGAUUGCAGGAUCAAUCCUGUGCGGACUGCAGUCUAAGUUCGGUAAACUGCUUGUAGUUGUCUACACCUCGAUGGCCACCGCCUGGGUGUGGUUCGAAGGCGACAGACGUUGGUCAUCGGUUGUGAUGGCAGCGUCCACGUUUUUGUUGGGUUCACUGUUUCUGUGGAACUACCAAGCGGUGGCUAGAGCCAUUUCUCCUUUCGGCAACACCCGGGACCAGCUGAUUACUUUGAUCUUGGCGUCGCUGUCCUUCUUCUACUCCAUCCUCGCCGGGCUGUACCAUCCUAGGGGAAUGCUUGGCGGGGAGGUGUGGUGGCCCGCUGUUGUGGUUGUGCUACUAAUUUUCCUCCUGUGCGCUGCAGGCCGAGAAUGCCGCAGACGCGAUAGGAGGGUCGACGCCAAGUCGUGGGUCUCUCUGUGCCGUCGGGCGGCAGUGGAUUUCCAGGAGGUUGGGAUGCCUCUUCGCGAGGUGCUGAGGGGCUCAGGUGCUGACUCCAGGGGCUACUACGGCACCAUAGGUGGUACGCAGCGUACUGUGAGGCUACAAACAAACACCCCGAGGGGUCAGCCGGUGACCUUGGAGAGCUCGGGGUGGUCGCAGGGGGAGUUGUCCCUGACAGGAGAGGAGGCCUUUGCACGGUGUGGUGGCACCGACCCAACCUUGGACGCGUGGCUCGCUGCUUUUGUGGGGGAAGUGUUCGAGAACGCGUUCACUCUCUUCAACCAGGGCCCCGCAGUAGUCGGCAGGAUAAACGCAUGCUUGGCGGCGUUGGCUGCUACCACGUCCAAACCGCCCAGUUGGGCGGAGGGCAUCGUGACGUUGUCACAAGUCUACGCCCACGAUGACAGGGAGCUCAUUUCUGCAGCGAUGGAGAGGGGAUGGACGAGUGACGAAUUCCUUCUUCGCCGGGUGGUGGUAUCGGCUAAACCUGAGCGCACAAUCUUGUCGCUUCCGGAUGGAUUUGCCCUAGAGGAAAACAUCUUUCCGGUGCUGGUCCGACCGAAGGAGUUGAUAAAGAUCGCUCUCCGGGGAUCAGACUACGGUCUGCUCACGGAACAGCCUAACAGGCAGGCGGGGCUAGCGAUUGAGUCCCGUAGCACCUUGUACGAUAGACUCUGCCUGCGGGGCAUGGUUGGAAUUCAGGACAGCUACGGAUCGAACCAUGUCGGGCCACUGGUGGUAGCCGCCCUCCUGGCCUGCUCGGUGGGUCCAGCAUGGCAAGGGUACGCAGUUCAGGUUCUGCCGCUUAUCGGCGUGUUUGCCAUGUGGCGUGGUUGGCGCUACGAAGUAUUCGAGGCACUGUCUUUCCUAGUCGAGACGGCAAGAGGGCUUCUGUCAGACCAGGCUUGUGUGCUUGCAGGUUUGGUGGCUGGUGUGAUUUCUUGGAACGUGAUCGUCGCCGCGAGCGGUCAAAGUCUCGUUGGUGUCUUGAUCGGGGACGUCGUAGCGGUCAAAGUGACGUUUGUGGUCGGGGUGGCAAUGCUGAGGAUGGUUUACUCGAAGCAGUGGUCGCCCGGGGUAGAGCUAGGGGGAGGGGACGAUCAGAUGGAGGGGCUCUGUCACCUCGCUCUGGAGGGACGACCUGUGCCAUUUCAGUAUAGGAUGUUGGUUGUUCCAUCAGCCACCUGUGCGGAUCUCCCCGCUUUGGCCCGCAUGCACGUUGGAGCGGGAUAUUCCUUUAGCACGAGUGGUCAGGGAGACGUACAGGCUGUGGGAGGGAAAGCGCAUGGAAGUACCCAAGAGUCUCUAUCGUCAGCCUCCAGACAACGCAAUGGAAUGUUCGGGAUGACACUACCCGUUUCGGUGUCCUGCGUGGUGUGUGUCAUACAAGAUUGGUGGCGGGCAAGCCGUGGCCGUGGGCAGUGGGGCUUUCACGAGGCCACCUGCCUGCGACUGAAGAAGUUCUCUCCGUCGACAAACUCAAGGUUCGCUUGGCCCCUCUCAUCAUCCGGCGGAAAGAAGCCAGCUUCAGGGCGAGUGCGCGGGCUACGUCCAUCGCUAGACCGGGGACUUUCUGUCGACAGGAUCAACGGUAUCUCUUCACCAUCGCGAGUUCGGGAUCGAGUGGUGGUCGUCAUGAGUGCGGAAAGACGGUCUUCGUGGUCGUGGAGCCAAGCCACGGCAACCGCAAUAGCGACGAUGCAGAUCGUCGCGACCGGAGCGCCCGCGAUGGCAUCCGUGGUUGAACCACGCUCUGCUGGACCCGGCCUGGUUACCACUGUCGGCGCGGAUUUGGAUUCCGCCGGGGGUGCGGGAGAGACUUCAGCGAGCGCGGCGAGCGAAGUACCGGCGGCGCCGGAACCAAGCGGGACUUUCGAAGAGUCGUGGAGCUUGAGUAACCAGUUUUAUUUUGACCGCACCCACAAGGGUAACGACUGGAACGCGGUAAAAUCGCGGCUGUCGGCGGAUAUAUCGGCGGGUAGAAAGAGCGAGAAGGCGGCCACAAAGGAGAUGCUGGCGCUCCUCAAAGACAAGUACAGCAGGUUGAUCGGACCCGAGGUCUACAAUAUGCUGUCCAAGUAUGAUCUCAUCGGGGUCGGGGUGAUGCUCUCGCCGAACCCGGCGGGACAGCUUGUGGUCGCCUCCCCGCCCAAGGCGAACAGCCAGGCGGAGAAGCUGGGUGUGAAGAAGGGAGACCUGGUCUCCACCAUCAACGGCUUGAACGUGGUGAACAUGGACUCAUUCGAGGUUACCGACUACCUGGCCAAGUAUCAGGGCAAGACUGUCAUGUUUGAGCUUCGGAGCCCGGAGGCGGGGUCGAAGACGAGGUCGGUGGAGCUGGACAGGACGUUCCCGUCGACGGAGAACCCGGUGGCCUACCGAGUCAAGAGCCAAGGAGAGCACAAGGUCGGCUACGCCCGCCUUCGCGACUUCAACUCUAUCGUGGCCAACUCCCUCAAGGACGCCCUAGUGGAGAUGAAGGCCGAGGGGGCGGACGAGUUCGUGCUAGACCUCAGGGGCAACGGCGGCGGGGCGUUCCAGAGCGCGCUCGGCGUGGCCGGUCUGUUCAUGGACGCUAAGCCAAUCACCUAUGUGGUGGACGGUUCAGGCCAGCGAGCGGAAUUCAUGACGAAGAAGGACGGGGUGGUUACGGAAGAGCCCCUCGUGGUGUGGGUAGACGGCGGGUCGGCUAGCUCCAGCGAGGGGAGAGGCCUCACACCGGACAUCCGCGGGGGGCUUCCGCUGAAGAUGGUGAGCACGACCUUCGACUUCGACCAAGAGCAGUUUGACUUGGCUCGCAAGAAGAUGAAGGCGUGCCCUCCCAUGGAAGCGAGCAGGCUUGAACUCAAGGGAGCUGCGGGAGCCUCUUCGUCGUCCUUGUGA